AUGACGACGACGCGCCCCGCCGCUACGACCGAGGAAGAGGAAGAGGAGGAGGCGGUGGUGGCCGCCUCUGCAGCGGCCAAUGCCGCGCCACCGGACGCAGACGAUCGGGAGCAGCAGAAGAAGGUUCGGGCGAGGAAGAAGAAGAAGCGUCGGAGGGCGCCGAGCGAGGAGGAGCUGGCCGCGCUGAGGUCCGUGCUCCGCUGGGCCCGCCGCGGCGAGGCGGGCGACGACGAUGCGGCGGACUGUGGUGGGCACCUGUUGCCGGCGGGGAGGCGGCGGCCGCGCGUGGCGGUGGAGCUGCAUGCGCACUCGACGCGCAGCGACGGCUCGCUCUCGCCCGCGGCGCUCGUGGAGCGCGCGCACCGCAACGGGGUGAAAGUGUUCGCGCUAACUGAUCAUGACACCAUGGCGGGUGUCGCGGAGGCGAUGGAGACUGCAAAGGAAUUUUCCAUCAGGAUCAUCCCUGCUGUUGAGAUAAGUGCAGUUUAUUCGCCUAGUAAUGGAUCAGGAGCCAAUGAACCUGUUCAUGUUCUUGCAUACUACGGUAGUUGGGGCCCUGCUAAAUCUCAGGAACUGGAGAAGGUUCUAUCUAGCAUCAGGGAGAGCCGCUAUACACGUGCCAAGGAGAUGCUAUCGAAACUUAGGAACCUCGGCAUGCCAUUGAACUUCGAAGAUGUAUCUAAUAUAGCAGGGAGUGGGGUGGCUCCAGGGCGGGUGCACGUUGCGCGUGCCAUGGUUGAAGCUGGAUAUGUUGAUAAUCUUAGGCAAGCUUUCAGCAGGUACUUGUACGAUGGAGGGCCUGCUUAUGCUACUGGUAGUGAGCCAGCUGGGGAAUCUGUUGUGCAGCUAAUAUGUAGAACUGGGGGCAUAGCUGUUUUGGCUCAUCCGUGGGCAUUGAAAAAUCCUGUUCCUGUGAUAAAGGAUUUGAAGGCUGCUGGUCUGCAUGCUAUUGAGGUCUAUCGAAGCGAUGGGAAACUAUCUGGAUUGAGUGAUCUGGCUGAUACUUAUGAGCUUCUGAAGCUCGGUGGAUCAGAUUACCAUGGACGAGAUGACAAGGAAGAACCUGAUAUAGGAAGUGUUGAUCUUCCGGUCUUGGCAUUUUUUAGAUUUCUUGAGGCAGCUCAACCAAUUUGGUGCAAUGCUAUCAAGGAAAUUUUUGCAAACGCCACUGAAAGAACUGGCUUGAAUGGCCCAAAAGGAUGUCAUCGGACUAACUCUGUAGAUGAUUUAUGUAAUACGUGCCUUUCUUCUCCAGAACUGGGGGAAACAGAUGAUUCUGAGGCUGAGGUCCUCAGGACGGAAUUUGCGGACAUUAUCCUCAGCAACAGAAGCUGCAAGACGCUUAUUGAACAGCGAGCGGAAAUCACCUCUCUUCUCCACUGA